AUGGCGUCUAGCGGUUCUACAUCAUACAAUGAAGCGUGGCUACCCGGGCCCGGGGGCCACCAAUUCUACACCCGCACAUAUGCAGCGACCGGGACGGCUCGCGCAACAGUUGUCUUCAUCCAUGGCUUUGCGGAGCACGUUGGGCGACACGAGCACGCUCACCGCUAUUGGCAGACCAAGGACAUCACCGUGUUCACCUUCGACCAACGCGGGUUCGGGCGGACAGCGCUGGAUGUGAAGCACAAAAGCAAGGAUGCCUCGUAUGGCAAGGAGACGUUCGAGGACCAGAUACGCGAUAUUGAGUUCUGGGUGCGGUACGUAAAGAAGGAGCAUCCAGACUUGCCGCUGUUCCUCGCUGGUCAAUCCAUGGGUGGUGGACUCGUGCUAUCGUUCCCUACACAGUCAAAGCCCCCGCCGUCCAAGGAGUCGGUAGAGUUAGUCUCCGGUAUCAUUGGCAUGAGUCCUCUCCUCCUCCAGACGACUCCUGUCUCCAAGCUACUGCGCAAGGCUGGCACAGCGCUAGCCGCCAUCGCACCAUGGCUCCCAUUCCCGGCGGACGUUCCUCCUGAGGAUCUGUCUCAUGAUCAAGCAGUGGUCAACGCCAUCGACCCUGACCCGCUUAUCAAGAAGCACGGAACUGCCAAGGGUCUUUCGGACAUGCUCGGAAUGGGAGAGAACCUUCUUUACGGCUCCUACAAGAAUUGGCCAAAGAAACUGCCGGUCCUUCUUAUACAUGGCACAGAAGAUAAGGUCACGUCCCACAAAGCGUCGGAAGAGCUGUACGGCAAGCUCGAUGCGGAAGACAAGAAAUUGUCGUUAUACGAGGGCGCUUACCACGAACUCACAAACGAACCCGACGGCGUGAAGGAGAGGUCCUGGGACGAAUGCAUCGCGUGGAUCCACGCACAUGUCCCGGAAGCACAGCCUGAGAUGGCGAGGUUGUAG